CUGAGCAGAGCUGAAGGCUGCAUGGUGGAUUCAGAAGCUGCCUACUUAAUUUCAAAAGAACAAUGGUAGGGAAGGCUCGAUCUUCCAAUUUUACCCUAUCUGAAAAGCUUGAUCUGCUAAGCCUCGUGAAGCCUUACGUGAAAAUUCUCGAAGAGCAUACUAAUAAAAAUUCAGUAAUAGUGGAGAAGAAUAGAUGUUGGGAUGUCAUAGCAGUUAACUAUAAUGCAAUUGGAGUAGACCGCCCUCCUCGCACAGCGCAGGGCCUUCGCAGCCUUUACAAAAGGCUCAAAGAAUAUGCCAAACAGGAGCUGUUGCAGCAAAAGGAGGCCCAGUCAGAUUUUAAGAGCAGUAUUUCCGAGCCAACCAAGAAAGUUAUGGAGAUGAUUCCCCAGAUUUCCAGCUUCUGCCUGAUAAGAGACAGGAACCACACACAAAGUGCAAGCUUGGAUGAGGCUGCGCAGGCUGGUACCAGUUCACUACAGGUGAUGGUGGAUCACCAUCCUGUUGCUAUUACGGUAGAGGUGAAGCAAGAAGAAGACAUUAAAUCAUCCCCUCCAGUGCUUCCAAAUCCUCAACACAGUGAUGCUUUAGAGCAAAGAGAAGAGCAUGAAUUAGUACAUGUUAUGGAAGAACCCUUGUCUCCAUCACUUUCCUCUGUUGACAUGAGAACGACAUCAUCUCCAUCUUCUGUUCCUAGGAGAGGUGAUCUUUUUCAUUGUGAAAGUGGAGAACACAUUAGGUCUCUGCUAAGAUAUGACCCUCAGGUCCUGCAAAUGUUAAAAGAGGAACAUCAGAUAAUCUUAGAAAAUCAAAAGAAUUUCGGAUUGUAUGUUCAGGAAAAGAGGGAUGGAUUGAGAAGAAGGCAGCAGCUGGAGGAGGAGCUGCUCAGAGCAAAGAUUGAAGUGGAGAAACUGAAAGCCUCUCGCUUAUGCCAUAAUCUGCCCGAAUGUAGUAGUCUCUAAGAGUUUUCAGUUUGAUAAUUUUAAUUUUGUCAGAAUUAAUUUGGGAAUAUCAUGAAGCUGAGCACAUGUCCUAUAAAAAUGUUGUUAAUCUCUCUUAGAAAAAAAGCUUUUAACGUGGUUUUCUUUUCCUCCCUAGCCAUACUU